AUGAAAGGAGCCAUGCAAGGGCAUUUUUCCUCUCUGGUGAACAAGACCAAACAAGCGGUAAACGCCGGACUCACCAAGAUGGAGGAAACUGUUGAGAAGGUUCGCCAUCAUGCUGCAAACGUUAAUAUUCCAACUUCAGGAUUGCCAGGUGGAUUGGAUAUUUUGGAUGAUGCUGCCGGAAAUUUGCCUGUCGAUAUGCCACCAAAAAUUGAAAUCAACGGAGAAACCUAUAAAAUUACUAAAUUAUUGGGAGAGGGAGGUUUUUCAUUCGUGUUUGUUGUAAAGAACAUAAACACUGGAGAAGACUUUGCUCUCAAGCGCUUAUUAAUUCAAGAUCCAUCUCAAGGUAUUCAAGCUCGAAAGGAGAUUGAGGUCAUGAAGAAAUUAAACAAUCACGAAAACGUGGUUAAAUUGAUUGGUGUAAAGGAAAUACAAAAUGGAAGAGCCAACGAAAUUUAUAUUCUUAUGGAACUUGCAGAUACCGAAGUGGUGAGCAUGAUGGAGGAGAGAAUUAAUUCCGGAGAGAAGAAGUUUUCGGAACAAGAAAUUUUGAAAAUUUUCUUUGAUGUUUGUAAAGGAGUUGCCCAUAUGCACUCCCAAAAUCCUCCAAUGAUUCACAGAGAUUUGAAAGUGGAAAAUAUUCUCUGUAAAGAUGGCGUGUACAAGAUUUGUGACUUCGGUUCAACAACAACACGAGUAUACACACUCACUUCAAGAUCCGAAAAACAAGAAGCGGAAGAGGAUAUCCAAAAGAAUACGACACUUGCGUACCGAUCUCCCGAAAUGGCAGACCUUUAUAGUGGAGAUCCUAUCAACGAAAAAUCUGAUGUAUGGGCUUUAGGAUGUGUUUUGUACAAAUUAUGCUUCUUUAAAGGCCCAUUUGAAGAUGCUGAAAGUUCUAUUGCAGUAAUUAAUGGAAAGUACAAAAUUCCACCAUCAUCCUACUCUCCUGCGUUGAUUGAUUUAAUUAAGAGUAUGCUCGUUGUAUCUGUUAAAGAUAGACCAUCUGUAUUUGACAUUACUGAACGAGUUGGAAAGCUUUUAGGAAAAGAAGUCGCCCUUCAACGACCUGUGCAACAAUCGAGACCACCUGUACAAUCAUCAUCUCAACAAGUUUCUAAGUCUAGUCCAUCCGUUAGCCAUGUAACAAAUAAUGCUGGAGGUGACUUAUUUUCCCAACUUGAUUGGUUUGAUAAUGGAGGCCAACAAGCUACUUCUCCUCAACCUCAACAACAAACAUUUAGCGUUCAAAGAAAAGCUCCAUCCUCAUCUGUUGUUGUAAAGAAACCACAACCAGCUCAAAUUAAUAGUUUUGAAGAUAAUGGUGACUGGGCUGAUUUUUCCGAUUUUGAAAAUACCACACCAUCUUCUGCCACACCAAAACCUCUUCCAAAAGUUGAAAAUACUCAACCUAAAUCCACACCAAAACCAUUACCUCCAAUUGAAACAAAACAACAGAAUGCUGACCUUUUCUCUCAACUUGACUGGCAAGACUCCAAUGAUGCUUUCAGUAGCCAACAACAAACAAACGUUGUUAGCACUCCUCAAAAACCACCAGUCCUCAGACAACCAUCUACUCCAGUUAUUCAACCAACAGUUCAAAAUCUUCAAGUUCAAACUCAACACAAGCGAAGCUUGAGUGAAAGUUUACAAGGAAUGACUCUUAGUACACCAUCACCUCAACCAUCUUCUUCAUCGUCACCAAUGCCAGUGAUGGCAUUUACCAGUGAGAGCCGUAGACUUACAGUUUCAAGAGCAACCACUAUCGCUCCUAGACAACCUAGACCAAGUCAAAUUUCGUUGGCAUGUUUUGAUUUGUAUACAAAUGGUGAUGAAAAUCUUUUUGUUGAAUAUUUGGUUUAUAUUAGAGAAAGACCUGUAUUCGUCGAUCAACAUGCUUGUGUGAAGGCCUUGAUUUUAAUUCAUCACAUCAUUCAAUCAGCACUCACAGACAAAUGCGAUCCAAUCGAUGCAAAGUCUUUACUUCAAGAUAUCAAAGAAGUCUGGAAACCAAAAAAUCAAUUAAUUGCCAAAUUUAUUGUAGAAUAUGCCUCAUGGCUUGAAAGAAGGUGCGAAAUUUUGUCUGCUCUUAGAAAUUCUGUCUCUGCCAAUUUCUCUCUAAAAGGAGAAAUUCAAAUUGCAGAAAUUUCAGAUUUGCUCGAUCUGUUAGAUGGCUUGAUGCAAGUUCAAAAAGCAAUUUUGGGAGACAAGACUCCUUCGCCAAAGAUGGGAGGCAUCAUUCCAGUAGCAAGUGACGCCUAUGACUUGUACUUGUGUGUCACCAACACUCUUCAAAAAUGUAGUGAAGCCAACAAAUUCUCUGAAGAUGUGAAGAAGGUUACCUUAAAGUACAACCAAGUUUACACAAACCUUACCAGAUUUAUUUCACAACUUGGUCAAUUCAAACUUCAAGCCGGAAAUGUGAGAUCAAUACCAACUCUUCCUCCAACUCCACCAUCGUUCUUUGGUCUGCAAAAAACUUUGGUACAGCCUCCUUCUGCUUUGUCAGCUCCAUCGGUUCUUAAUCCAAACUUUGAAUAUAAUGAACCAGACGAACCAUAUACCUACAAAAAUUUGACGAUCACAAACGAACCUCUCACCAAUGCAGACAUUCUUAAAAAGGACGGAAAUAAUCUGUGUGCUGACUGUACUUCCAACCAAGUACAAUGGGCACACUUGGGCUACGGUAUUGUUGUGUGCACUCAAUGCAGAUUGGCUCACUUCAACUUGAAAACAGGAAGACUCGAAAGCUUGACACUCAACAAUGUUAAAUUAUCAAGAGAACAGCUUUCAUUCCUCAAUGCUGUUGGUAACAAGACUGCAAACGAAUAUUUCGAAAUUGGGCUGCCACCAAACACCAAACCAACCAACAAUAUCAAUCAACCUAAUUUACAAACCUAUGUCAGAAACAAGUAUAUUAAUAAGAUAUAUGUUCGCGUUGGCGGAGCAAGCUCUCCAAAUCAUAUCAGAUCACCAAGUGGUGGACUUGACCAACUGAAUCCUUCUCAGUUCUACAUGUAA